CUCUCUCUCUCUCACUAGUCUCUUUAAAACGGCUUCAUCCCAUUAAAUAUAAAGAAAAUCUUUAAUAUCACCCCUUCCCUCUUUCAAAAAUCUCUUUCCUUCUCAUCCCUCUUUUCUCUUUCUCCAAAUCUUAACCCCAUCCUUCCUUCCCCUUCUGCUUUAGCAACUUGUUCUGUUCCCCAUUUUUUAUUCAUUCAUUCCCCAUAACACCAAUCCCAAAUCCUACCCAUCACCCACCAAUCACACAACACCUUAGAUACAUACCAAAACAAUAUAUAUAUUAUAUAUAUAUAUAUAUUAUUUAAAAGAAAAAGAGAUAAACAAAACCAUGAAAGGAGAAUAUCUAGAACCAAAGAAUGAAACUCGCAACAAUAUGUUCUCUAAGCUUCAACACCACCACCACCACCAACAACUUCACCCUUUUGCCAAUCCUUUCCAAGUGAUCUCCCGCACCGAAUGCCAAACCUCCGAGGAGGCUGACGACUCCGCCACGGCCCAGAAGCCCACCUCCUCCGAUCCCAGCCCACACCCCGCCCCAGGAGACGGCGCCACCAUCGAGGUCGUCCGGCGGCCAAGGGGUCGCCCCCCGGGCUCCAAGAACAGGCCCAAGCCCCCCGUCAUCAUCACCCGCGACACCGAGCCCGCCAUGAGCCCAUACAUCCUCGAAGUCCCCGGCGGAAACGACGUCGUCGACGCCAUCGCCACGUUCUGCCGGAGAAAGAACAUGGGCCUCUGCGUCCUCACCGGCUCCGGUACCGUCGCCAACGUCACCCUCCGCCAGCCUUCCACCACCCCGGGCGCCACCGUCACCUUCCACGGCCGCUUCGACAUUCUCUCCGUCACCGCCACUUUCCUCCCUCAGUCGGCGCCUCACGGUUCCUCUGCCCUCCCCAACGGCGCCUUCACAAUCUCCCUGGCCGGCCCCCAGGGCCAGAUCGUUGGCGGCCUCGUGGCCGGCGCCCUCCUCGCCGCCGGCACCGUCUACGUAGUCGCGGCUUCGUUCAACAACCCGUCCUACCACCGGCUUCCUGCUGCGGAGGACGAGGGGAGGAACUCGGCGGCGACGGCAGCGUCUGGAGAGGGACAGUCGCCGCCGGGAUCUGGAGGCGGCGGGGACAGCGGAGGCCACGCGCCGGCGGACUCGUGUGGGAUGUCGAUGUACAGCUGUCAGUUGCCGUCCGACGUGAUUUGGGCUCCCACGGCGAGGCAACCGCAGCAUCCGCCGCCUUACUGAUUGAUCGUGUCAUGGUCGUCAUGGAAUUAGUCUGACUUUCUUUUCUUUUUUUAAUUAAUUUUCGUGAAUUAUGUUUAUUUACUGUGAAUUUGGAGAAGCUUUUAUGGUUUCCUUUUUUGGCAUGUUUUAAUUUCUUUUUGUUCAGUUUUUUUUUUUGGGUGUCGACGUAUUAAUAUAGUGUUAGUGUUAGAUUUGAGGAAAAA